AUGAACGGCGUGACGGGACUCGAGCAGGGCAACCCUGCCGAUCUCACCCCGACAGUCUCGGGUGGAAAGUCUUCGACGCCGGCACCGACCACGUCCAGCGGCGACGAUUACUCGGAUGACAGCACAGGCUCUUCGGUUGCCGGUUCCUCGGCUACUGACCAGACCGGUUCGGCUGCGACGCCGGCACCGACCACGUCCAGCGGUGACGAUUACUCGGACGAGAGUACCGGAUCCUCCGUCGCAGGAUCCUCCGCCAUUGAUGAAGGCAGCGACUCGACACAGCAGUCGCCGACACCGGCACCGACAUCGUUGAGCGGGGACGACGCUAGCACUGGAUCUUCCGUUGCUGGAUCCUCGGACAUUGAUGAGGGCAGCGACUCAACCGGACAGUCUUCGACCCCGGCACCGACUACGACUAGCAGUGACAGUGGAUCGGUGGAAGACGCUCCGACACCGGCACCCACGUCUGGUGAUGGCUCGUACAACCCCAAGAACCCACCUACUCUGCCCAUCCGAUCUGGCAGCCAUCCGACGGGCCUCGACUUGGAUGGCGCCUCGAAGGAUAAGGGCGGCGACUAUGGAUCAAGUGACUCUGGUAGCACCCUGGACUCCCCCAACCAGUCCGACAGUCCCGAACAGUCUGACAGCCCUGUCCAGGACGCCGGCAGCAAGGUGGCAGGGACAUCGGCUUCGGAGCCGAGUGGUGCCAAGGGCUGCAAGCGUCGUAUGCGUCGUAACUAG